AUGUCGACCUCUCACCAGCAGACGGAGCAGCAGGAGCAGCACAAGGCGGUCGGACACCACCGCUUUCAUGGCCACUCGGACGCGAGGGAGGCGCCGAAGACGGACUGCAUGCGCAUGCACCAGGAGGAGGCGCGCGACGCCGAGGAGAAGCUCGCCCACGACGAAGUGCACGACUUCGUCGGGCAGCCGAACGACCAGCUCGAGCGUGCCCGCAACGUGCUGAAGGACCCCAACUCCCCGCCCGACGCCAAGCUCAACGCGCUCGACAACGCCGAGGCGCUCCCGCACGGAGGAUACCUCGUCGGAGACCUCUGA